AUGAAACUAGUAACACUAACACUAAUCCUUUGUUUAUGUAACAGCGUUCUCGGGAAAGAAAAAGAAAAAGAUAUUGCCUUGCCAGAUAUCUUGAACAACGACGAUGCUCUUGCAUAUUUGGGCAUGCUUAAAGAUAAGCAUGCCCAGACGUUGGAAGAAGAAAUGGCUCAUAUGAGGGAAAAUGGUGAAGAAUUCAAGAAGCAUUUAGAGUUUCAAAAACUCCUCGAAGAAGACAAGAAAAAAACGUGGUAUAUCAAGAAUACUACAUUAACUGAGGUUGAUGAGAGUUUCUUCAAUAACUUGAAGAAUAAGCUCGCGGCUUCAUUGCCAGGAAAGGCCGGUAGCAUGCUUAAGAAGGUAAAAUUCCAAAACCUUGGUCUUUACAUCUUUGGUAUUGGUGAAACUAACAUCUUCGAUGAUUUAGAGAUUUAA